UUCCUACCAUAAAAAAUAAGCAGAAAAAAAAAAAAAAAAUACUCUCAACAAACAACGCUUUCCACGGUUACUAAUUCGCCGAAAUCCCCUUCCCCUUUCUCCCACCUUUCUCUCUACCUUCCCUCUCUCUCUCUCUCUCUCUCUCCCUCUCUCACACACAAACCAUACAUAUAUCCAUAAUAAAUAAAGACUCACACACACAACAUACACACACACACACACACACGACAUUAAUUACAUUAUCCAAUCCAAUAUAAACUAAAUUAAGACGAGAGAAACUGAAGGCAUGGCUAGAAAGGCGGCGGCGCCAUACGUGAUCGAGGUGACCGUUAUUUCGGCGGAGGGUUUGCGGCUGAGCCGAAGCCAGCCGGUGAAGAGGAACUCAUACGUGGUGGUGAGAUCCGACCCGUUCAACUCGCGUAGAACGGGUACGGAUCGGGAGGGCGGGGGCUACCCCGCGUGGAACGAGAAGGUGGUGAUGGAGCUGCCCGCCAAUGCCCGUUUCCUUACGGUGGAGGCGCAUUCGGGCAGCCGCCUCGUCGGGGCGGCCCACAUACCCGUCUCCGACUUCGCCGGCGGCUUCCUCCCCCUCAACUAUUUGAGUUUCUUGAGCUAUAGGUUGAGGGAUGCUAAUGGCGCCAAGAAUGGGAUCCUCAAUCUCUCCGUCAAGGUCAAGGCCGCCCCCGCCCUCGCCCUCGCCCCCGCCUCCGCCACUUGUUCCGGCAAGCCGUGGGGCGGGGUUCCGGCCCACGGUGAUCAUGGGAUUGUGACUGGGAUUCCGGUAUCGUAUAAAUGUUAGUUAUACUACAAGAAAAACGCACAAAGAUGACGGUUAAAAAUCGUCGUAUGGGUCUUGUGAGAACUGUCAUGUAUAGUAGUGCAGACUGGAGUGUAUAUACAGUCUCUUGUAUACAUGACGGUUAAUUUUAGAAGUGAAUUAGUGAGAAUUUAAUAUUAUUGUGUAAAUUAAGAAUAUUGUUUGGAUGUGUCUAUAAUUUGGAAAUAUGGUUGAGGAUUUUGAGAAA